UUCUCACACCCAGGCUCCCCUGCAUCACUCUCGAUGGCACCCACUUCUCACCGCUACUCCCAACUGCCCACGGAUGAAAAUCCCAAGACGCUGGAGGACCGCAAGCUGCCAGUGCGGGUGUGGAUCCUCCUGGGCCUCCUGGUGUUACUGGUGGUCGGUCUGUCUGUGGCAAUAGGCGUUUUGGCUGCCAAGGCCAAUAGCCCAGCUUGCAAGGAUGGCCUCCAGGCUGAGCAGGAGUGUCGAAACAUCACCCACCUCCUGGAGCAGGAGCUGACCCAGGCCCAGGAAGUCUUACGGGGAACUGAGGCCCAAGCUGCCACUUGCAACCAGACUGUGGAGACCCUGAAGAUUUCCCUGAAAGAGGAGAAGGCUGCGGGCCACAAGCAACAGGAGCUGGUGCAGAAGCUUCAAGAGGAGAUCAAGAGAUUGAAUCAGUCGCUGCGGGACAAAUCCGCGGAUCUGCAGAAGAAAUCCGGGGAUCUGGAGAAGAAAUCCGCGGAUCUGCAGAAGAAAUCCGGGGAUCUGGAGAAGAAAUCCGCGGAUCUGCAGAAGAAAUCCGGGGAUCUGCAGAAGAAAUCCGCGGAUCUGGAGAAGAAAUCCGCGGAUCUGCAGAAGAAAUCCGCGGAUCUGGAGAAGAAAUCCGCGGAUCUGCAGAAGAAAUCCGGGGAUCUGGAGAAGAAAUCCGCGGAUCUGCAGAAGAAAUCCGGGGAUCUGGAGAAGAAAUCCGCGGAUCUGGAGAAGAAAUCCGCGGAUCUGGAGAAGAAAUCCGGGGAUCUGCAGGAGAAAUCCGGGGAUCUGGAGAAGAAAUCCGCGGAUCUGGAGAAGAAAUCCGCGGAUCUGGAGAAGAAAUCCUCGGAUCUGGAGAAGAAAUCAGCGGAUCUGGAGAAGAAAUCCGCGGAUCUGGAGGAGAAAUCCGCGGAGCUGGAGCAACUAAGGAAAGAGAAUGAGGCCUUGGUCUCUGCCGAGGGCCACCCCAACUUCAGCAUCAGCAUCCUUCUCUCUGUGACCACUGUGCUCCUGUUCCUGAGCACUCUGGCUGUGCUGGUCUGUUGCGCCUGAAAGCCUGCAGGGAAAGCACAUUCUAACCUGGCUGAGAGGUGUACCCAGGGACAUGGGGAUUAACCUCAGAAUGCAGUCCAGGCUCCUUUUCUGAGAGUUUCCUGUCAUCUUGGAAAGAUAACAACCUGGUCCCAGAGGCGCUCUCUCCCAUUUGGCCGGCAAUCUAUCCUAAUAAACUUUCAUAGGAUUCAACU